AUGGCGACCAUGCCGACUAAGGACAAAGCAGUGGUGGCAGUGGUGGCAACGCCGCAAGCAGCGACCCCGCCACCUUCGCCAGACGGCUUCAGCGGCGUUUGCAAAGCUGGAAGCAAAGGCGCAUCGCCGGCCCUUAAGGGCCCUGUGCCAUCUGCACCGUCUGCACGCUUCGGUGGCGUCUUCAAGUCAGGCCCUCUUGAGUCAAGACCUGCUGCAGCACCGAAGGCAACGGCAUCAGCACAGCGCGCGCAGAGAGCGCAGGGCAGGUUGAAGCAUGUCAUCUCCAAGAUCCACGUCUUCAAGCCGCUGGAGCUGGGUGUGGAUGCGCCUCAGGCGCUGUCGGAGCACGGGCGGAUGCACCGCUGA